AUGGAGGCUAGCGAGCGCUCGGCGGAUGACGCCGGCGAACAAAGUUUCAUUUCGCACCUAGUUGAGUUGCGCGAGCGGCUGCUCAAGGCCGUGUCGGUGACGGGCAUCUUAUUGAUUGGGUUAAUGAUCUAUCCCGGUGCAAGUCGAGUCUACGCCGUGCUGGCCAAACCGCUACUGGCACAAAUGCCAGAGGGCACCAGCAUGAUAGCGACGGAGGUUGCGUCGCCCUUUCUAACGCCGUUCAAGAUGACCUUCAUGCUGGCACUGUUCCUGGCCGUGCCGGCCAUCAUGUACCAAGCCUGGGCCUUCGUGGCGCCAGGUCUGUACAAGCACGAGCAGCGGAUCGCCACACCGUUGUUGAUCUCCAGCACGGUGCUGUUUUACCUAGGCUGCGCCUUCGCUUACUUUGUGGUGUUCCCGAUUAUCUUCGCCUUCUUUAACUCAGUCGCGCCCGAGGGCGUGGCGGUGAUGACGGACAUCGGCAAGUACCUCGAUUUCGUGCUAGUGCUGUUUUUCGCGUUCGGGAUUGCCUUCGAGGUGCCGAUCGCGGUGUUGAUUCUGAUCGCGAUCGGCGUGACCACUCGCGAGGCGCUUGCGGCCAAGAGAGCCUAUGUGAUCGUCGGUGCCUUCGCCAUUGGGAUGCUGAUCACACCACCGGACGCCAUAUCACAGACGCUGUUGGCGGUGCCGAUGUGGCUGUUAUUCGAGUUGGGCUUGUUCAUCUCAGGAUUCGUGUUGAAGGACCGCAAUCAGCAAGAUUUGGACGAACCGUAG